ACCCUUCUCGACAACGUGUCACUUGAGGACACCCAACAGGCUUCGUCUCAAAGUGCCGUUACUGGUUCGCGACUCGUGUGGGGGAGUAAGGAUAAUAGAAGCAACGCCAGUUCACGGCUAGGAUGGGGAAGUAAAGAAAGUAAAGUAAUGGUGGAAUCGGUGGAAGCCUGGGACUCCACAUUGUCCGCUUACGCCCUUCCGAAUAUGGAUCCCCUGCCUGCUUCAGAUUUUCCUCCCAUUAAGGGGGUCACUUGUUUCUGUCAUGACAUAUCUAUGGAGGGGAAAACCGAACACGAUGGCUCCGUUAGAUUUUGUGCGAUGAAGAAGAGGAUGAUGCACAUUUUCUCUAUUAGAGAUAAAUGGGUUGAAGAGGCGGCGUGGGAUGUGGGAGCCCGUGCGUGGGACGUUGCAAUGGCAAAGCUUCCCAAGGGCUAUUGGUAUUUAUGUCGAAGAGUUGAAUUACCUUACGUCGUUGCAUUGCUACGCAAUAAUCACAUCGAAGUUCAUAAUAUCAUGGAUCAGAAACUCGUGCAAAGUUUUCAACUCGCGACAAAAUCAAGGACAAUCUCAACCGGCCCGGGAAUUAAAGUCGACGCGAUAUUGGACAAUGCGACGUUGGACGCGAACCAUGUUGACAAGGCUUUAGAAUUAGCCGAUCAAGCAAUAAGUACUGCAACGCCAGAAAAUGUUUACGGCGAAAGAAUGGCAAGCUUUAAUCAUUUCUUUGGGUUUAUUUAUCUUGGUGAAACGCUAUUCGAUCUGGCGCUACCAUUGUUCGAAAAGGGAAAAAUCGAUCCUCGCGUUUUGAUUAGAUUUUUUUCUGAAAUGAGAGAUGUGCUCGACGAGAAUGAGCCCGUUAACAUAUACUCCGGGGUUAAGGAAGUCGCCGACCGGCUAGGAAGCAUCGAAGAUAUAGUGUCGGGCACCAUGAUAAAAAAUUAUGAUCCGCACAUCAAACCAGAUAUCGAGACAGCUCCAGCUACACAGAAGCUUAGUAAAAUCCUCAUUACGAACGCAAAAGAAAUGCUGCAAAAGUUUUUGACGUGGGAUCGAGAGCAACGAAAAUCAUCGGGGAAAGUUUUGACGAAAGAAGAUAAAGCCAUUCUAAAAGCGGUCGAUAACGCGUUAGUCCGUUUAUAUUCAGAAACGAAUUCGGUUGAUUUGUUGAGAAAUUUAUUGGAGGGUGAUAAUCAAUGUGAUUUAGAUCUAUGCAAAAAGAUCUUGGAAGACCAUAAGGAGUAUAGAAAAGCUUUGGAAAUUUGGAAAAGCCUUAUUGAUCAAAAAAACUCGAAUCAAGAUUUCCCCGAUGGAUUACAAAAGAUGGCCGAUUUUCUUGCAAAAUCAAGUGACCAAGAAUUCUUUUGGGAACAUGCGAGUUGGGUCAUUCAUAGAGAUGAGAUAAUAGGGGCGAAGAUAUUCACUCGACAAGACUCGAAGAAACAUCUUCAUAUUGAUCCGAACGUAGUAAUAAAAGAGCUGAGAUCGGUUGGAAAGAGUGGUCUGAAAGUAUACCUCGAGUACUUGAUUACUUCGCGUAAAAGUCAGGAAGAGGAACAUCACACGGAAUACGCAUUAUUGUGCAUAAAAGGUCUUCAAGCAGAAUUACUUCGAGAAGAAGUACAAUCAAAAUUUGAAGUGCUGACGGAUUCUUUCGUUAAACGCAAAGGAACUAGACAGACAUAUCUCUCAUUCUUAAAUGGUCAACCGACAGAUGAUACAUUGUCGCAAGCACGUACGAAAUUGAUGACUUUCAUGCAGACAUCAACUCGCUUAAACGCCGAAGAAGUCUUGACCAAAUUAAAGGAAAUCGAAGUAUUGAAGGCAGAAUUAGCCAUUGUUUUUGGAAAGUUAGGACAACAUGAAACCGCAUUAAGGAUUUUAAUAAAUGACCUGAAAGAUUAUCGAGGUGCUGAAAUAUAUUGCCUUCACGCCGGUCGCAUGAUCGGCAUGAUAAAUAAGAGUACAUCGAAGAAAUAUAUUGAUAAAAAGAUAAGUGAGGAGAAAAGUCAAUUUGCAACAAGACGAGAUUUAUUUCUGACGUUGCUGAAGGUCUAUCUUGAAAUGGAAAAUAGAGACGAGAUAGUAGACAUAAUAAUUCAUCUAUUAAAUACUCAAGCCGUUUACAUGGACAUUAUGGAGGUUUUAUCUCUUCUGCCAAAAUAUUGGUCUGUGGAAAUGUUAAAUGAAUUCUUAAUCCGUUCGCUCAGGAAAAAUUAUCACGAAUACAGAGAAGGACAGAUCCUCAAAGGACUAUGCCGUGGCGAAAAUACAAUGAUAACACACGAGUUAUUUCAAAAGUACAAAGAAAUUGGACCCAUAAUCAUUACGCAAAAUGUAGUUUGCGCUGCAUGCAAAAAACACAUUAGCGGAGCUGGAUUUAAAAGACUACCGAAUAGUGACAUAGUACACGUUCGAUGUGGCGUCGAUGAUGAACAUGGUGAAGGCAGUGAUGUCGCAGAAUACGAAGAUUUGAUCGAUGUCGAUAGGUCUCUCCCAUUGGGUGCUAGUUAA